CUUAAAUAUUGGGGCCUAAUCUAAGCCAAGGGGUUGAGCUGCCGUUACCCUAGAUUGGGGCUUGGAUAAGGGGAAAUUGUAAAGAAAUGAGUUGGUGUUGUUGUAAUCGUCUUUCCACUUCAAGUUCGUUGGUGACUAGUAAUUUAUGGAGCCAAUUGAACAUACCCUAUCGAGUAUCAAAUGUUGGUUUGAGGCAGAAGAGAAGCCCUCAUGGACAAGUUUUUGCUUGUUAUGGCCUCAAAACCCCACCUUAUAAGCUUGAUGCACUAGAACCAUAUAUGAGCCAAAUGAUGGUUGAGAUACAUUGGGGAGAGCAUCAUCGUGGUUAUGUUGAAUCUCUUAACAAACAAGUUGAAAAGAAUGACAUACUUUAUGGAUGCACUAUGGAGGAACUUAUCAAAGUAACAUACAACAAUGGAAAUCCAUUACCUGAAUUCAGUGAUGCUGCCCAGGUAUGGAAUCAUGAUUUCUUCUGGGAAUCCAUGCAACCGGGAGGUGGUGAAAUGCCUAAAUUGGGUCUCCUUCAGCAGAUUGAGAAGGAUUUUGGUUCAUUUACCAACUUUAAGGAGAAGUUUAUUGAAGCAGCUCUCACAUUAUUUGGCUCUGGAUGGAUUUGGCUCGUCUUGAGCAGAGAGGAGAAGCGUCUUGCAAUUAUCAAAACAUCAAAUGCUGUCAACCCUCUUGUGUGGAAUGAUAUCGUGAGGAUCCUUUUCGCUAAUCCCCUGAUCGGUUUGGACUUGUGGGAGCAUGCUUAUUAUCUGGAUUACAAGAAUGAUAAAGCAAACUAUGUUAAUGUGUUUAUGAAUCAUCUUGUCUCUUGGGAUGCUGCAUUGGGACGCAUGGCUCGAGCACAGGCCUUUGUAAAUUUAGGGGAACCCAAAAUUCCUGUUGCAUGACAUGUUCCUUUAAUCAUCAGUUGUUUCUGCAAAUUCCUGUGCAAGAAAAGCAGCUAGUUUAGUAAAAAAAGCUUGUGAACAUUUGCUUAGUUCCACAGCAGAAUCCCUGUUGUGUCAUGGUCCUUUGUUAAUUCGCAUAUCCGUGGUCAAGAAUAGGUAUGCAUGUUAAUACUAAAACCUUGUGCAUUUGCUGCUUCAUUCAUCGUUUUGGAACAAGCCGCGCUGAGCUAAUUUAUAUGCACAUGUACUUACCGGCAUAGUAAUAUUGAACGGAAACACAUGUUAGAUUUC